AUGCGAACCGCCCUGCGCACAUCCCAAAACCUGCGCGUCUUGUAUCCUCACCGUCCCUUCCGUCACGGUGCCUCUGCUAAAACGUCCGCGAAAGAGGUCAAAAAGUAUAGGGGCACGGUGCUGGAACCUGUAGUCGAGGAGGGGGACGCGGUGAUGCCGGACAUGCACUCCCACGGAGUGCCAAGCUCCUGA